GUGUUUGUCUCCCUGUAUCCGCCUUCUCUCUCCUCCUGGACUUUUAGCCUUCCUGGGCUCUCCUUCCUCAUGUCCUGCCUCCUCCCUCUCAAGGCUCAAAGUGGAUGCCCUUGUGGACAAGGGGGGCACACUCCAGGACUUAGUCCAACCCCAGAUGCUGCCUGAGGCUUCCCUCCUGCUCCCUCUCCCUUUCUUUCCUCCCUUGCCUCCCUCCCUCUCUUUCCCUUCCUCCCUCCCCCCCAAGGCUGGCGUGCCAGGGGGUGGGACAUGCCAAUCACUGGCUGUGCCUCUCCCGCUGCCAGCACAGGGCGCAGCUCCCCCCCGGGAGCCAGGUGUUUGGGUCCCAGGAGACGCUGCAGGCCCCCCGGAAAAGCAGUGAAGCGGAGGACCCUACAGACCCCUCUCCGGUCCCAUGGUGAUGCCCUUUCUCUGAGGAAAACCUGUGACUGGAGGAAGGGGCUGCCCCUUCAUCCCACCUGGCUGAAAUGAACACCUCAGCGCCCCCUGCUGUCAGCCCCAAUAUCACCGUCUUGGCACCAGGAAAGGGUCCCUGGCAAGUGGCCUUCAUUGGGAUCACCACAGGCCUCCUGUCUCUGGCUACAGUAACAGGCAACCUGCUGGUACUCAUCUCCUUCAAGGUCAACACAGAGCUCAAGACAGUCAACAACUACUUCCUGCUGAGCUUGGCCUGUGCUGACCUCAUCAUUGGCACUUUCUCCAUGAACCUCUAUACCACAUACCUGCUCAUGGGCCACUGGGCUCUGGGCACACUGGCCUGUGACCUCUGGCUGGCCCUGGACUAUGUGGCCAGCAAUGCCUCUGUCAUGAAUCUUCUGCUCAUCAGCUUUGACAGGUACUUCUCAGUGACCCGACCCCUGAGCUACCGAGCCAAGCGCACUCCCCGCAGGGCAGCUCUGAUGAUUGGCCUGGCGUGGUUGGUUUCCUUCGUCCUCUGGGCCCCAGCCAUCCUCUUCUGGCAAUACCUAGUUGGGGAGCGGACAGUGCAGGCCGGGCAGUGCUAUAUCCAGUUCCUCUCCCAACCCAUCAUCACUUUUGGCACAGCCAUGGCUGCCUUCUACCUCCCUGUCACUGUCAUGUGUACACUGUACUGGCGAAUCUACCGGGAGACAGAAAACCGAGCCAGGGAGCUGGCAGCCCUACAGGGCUCUGAGACACCAGGAAAAGGUGGUGGCAGCAGCAGCAGCUCAGAGAGGUCACAGCCAGGGGCUGAGGGCUCACCGGAGUCCCCUCCUGGCCGCUGCUGUCGCUGUUGCCGGACGCCCAGGCUUCUGCAGGCCUACAGCUGGAAAGAGGAAGAGGAAGAGGAUGAAGGCUCCAUGGAGUCCCUCACUUCCUCUGAGGGCGAGGAACCCGGCUCAGAAGUGGUGAUCAAGAUGCCCAUGGUAGACCCUGAAGCACAGGCAACAACCAAGCAGCCCCCCAAAAGCUCCCCAAAUACAGUCAAGAGGCCCACCAAGAAAGGCCGAGAGCGAGGUGGCAAGAGCCAAAAACCCCGAGGAAAGGAACAACUGGCCAAGCGAAAGACCUUCUCGCUGGUCAAGGAGAAGAAGGCGGCUCGGACCCUGAGUGCCAUCCUGCUGGCCUUCAUCCUCACCUGGACACCAUAUAACAUUAUGGUGCUGGUGUCUACCUUCUGCAAGAACUGUGUUCCCGAGACCCUGUGGGAGCUGGGCUACUGGCUGUGCUACGUCAACAGCACUGUCAACCCCAUGUGCUACGCACUCUGCAACAAAGCCUUCCGGGACACUUUCCGCCUGCUGUUGCUCUGCCGCUGGGACAAGCGGCGCUGGCGCAAGAUCCCCAAGCGCCCUGGCUCUGUGCACCGCACCCCCUCCCGCCAAUGCUAAUGGCCUCCCUCUCCUGCAUCCUUUCACCCCAGCUCCAGGGAGAGGACGGUGGAAAGUGUCCAUAGGCUGUAUCUUCAGCCUCAGGGCCCUGCUUAGGCCUCCCCUGGCUUCCCAGGCCCCUGGGUCACCUUCCUGGACUGCCCUGAGAGACUGCUAGCUUUCCAAACUUUGCUAUUCCCAGACAGGGAGUGAAACCCGGGGAACUGGUUUUUCUGUUCCCUGCUGUGUGGGAAUAGGCUGUUCACCAGGAAGAAGGCCCAGGAGGAGGAGGAUCCGGGCUUUGGAUUCUGUUUGCGUUUAGGCAGGAAGUCAGGAGUCAGCAGGGCCGGCAAGUAGUUUAACGGUGCAGUCUUCCUUGGUCCUGCAGGGGGCCCAGAUUGCAAUGGGAGAUAGCACCCCCUGGGUCUGCAGGUGGGAGCUGAUACCAAGUUUGGGAUAGAACGAGCUGGUGACCCCUGGUGGAGUCACCAGGUGGAGGUGGAGAUCCCCUCCCUGCACAGGCAUAGCCCAUCAAGGUAGGCCCUAGGCACACUCUCCGGGAUUGUCCAGCCUCCCUACAAAUGUCCCCAGGCCACCUCCAUGUGAGUCACCUCCAAGGCAAACGUCCAGGCGUGAGCAGGACAAUGAUACCAGAGGAGAUCAGCUUGACUAAACACACCAAGUCCCGAAGCUGCAGCAGGACCAGAUGUCAGGUGUCCUAAAUGACCCACUAUGCCACUUUCUGGGGUGGGGGGAGGGGGGACAAGGUGCCUGCUAUCCAGUCCCACACCCAUCCUCCUCUCUCCCUGCCCCAAAGUAACCUGGGUCCCUCCCUCCUGGCUCACAGCCACCACCUGGGUGGAUCUGCUCUGGGCGGAUCUAGCCAGGCCUCCCGCAUGCUGCCUGCCUCCAGUCUUGCCCCACACAGGCCUGGCCCAGCCAGCAGGUUCUCUUCUGUAAACUCCCUAGUCCAACCUAUGCAUGGCCUCCCUGCCACCCUAAUCCCCAGGCCCUGCUGGCCCCAGAUGUUCUGUCCUUCCAUCCUCAGCAUAUGCUGAGUCUGUGAA